CACCGUUACUUCCGGACCGGCUGACCGACGUGUGGGUCUGACACUGAUCAUGGGUUUGGAUAUUUCUGAGAAAGUAGCGACAUUUACCCUUGGCGUCACUGGACUGCUGACCACAUUGUUCUACAAACUCUACUCCAGCCGUGAGCGGACAGCUGACAGAGUUAGGAACGCCCGGAACAUUCCGCUGAAGGACCUGCAUGAUGUUUUGCGGGACAAUGACAACCGGCUGGCGUACGCGACGGUGGAGGGAAUCGUGGACCCGUACUUCCAGCAGCUGGUCAGCGUCCACGGCACCAUGAAGGGCGUCAUCCAGCACAUACAGAAGGUGGAGCACAAGUCAAAGAGGGUGCAGGGAUAUUGGUCCGACGCCAAGAAAAUCAUGCAGGACACGUUGGAAGCCGUUCCCUUCAAGUUGGUGGAGCCACCGAAGGGUGAACUUGAGGUCUACGUGAAUGAGGCGCUGAGCGCGGACCUCCUUCAAGACGAACUCACUGUCACUUUUGACCAUUUCGAGCCAGGCAAAUCAUCCCUGCUCCAAAGUGGCAUUGACCGAAUCUUUGGCGAAGUGUCGAAGGGCAUCCAGGACACAGAGAAGAUGUUGUUGGUCGGCACCAGUCUGCGGGGGAUCGGGGAACUUUGUCUGGAGGAUGGGAAGGCGAUGAUCGGGCCGCCAUGUGAUGGUUCCAGGUUCAUACUGACCAAAUUAAGUAAAGCAUCAGUAGUCCGCAAGUUUGAAUCCCAGGCAUAUGUUUACAAGUUUCUGACAGUUCUGUUUGGAGCAGUGAGUUCUGGAGUGUUGUUUUUCAUCCUGUGGAAGUUUUACAGGAAGUGGAAAGAUAUUCGCCAACAGCAGGCGGCAUUUGCCCUGAUUCGGGCGACUAAUGAUCACAGCCUUCCUGACUCUGAUGGUUCUGACUCCAAUCAACAGUGUGUGGUCUGUCUUUCGAGUAGAAGGAGUGUUAUAAUCAUGGACUGUCGGCAUGUGUGUGUUUGUUCCAACUGUGCUGAGCGACUUCCCUCCCCGAAAAAGUGCCCGGUGUGUAGACGCUAUGUUCAACAGUUCCUCCCUCUGUUCAAUGCAUAAACAGGAAGUGGAACUAUUUAACACCACUGAUAAGUGAGGAUGAUACCCCGUGUGUUGAUAAUCAGUUUCGUAUAUAAUGUCGGCAAUGGUAGGGCUGUCAGUGGUUUAACAUGUCCCAUACAUUGCAGUGUUCGAAAUUCAGAGUGAAAGUCAAGGAUCCUUGGCUGAAACUUUAUGAUAGGCCAUUAUAAAUUAAUUGAUAGAUUAUCAUCCACUUUUUGUUCAAACGUGGGGAGGGAGGCUUUUUAUUUAUUUUAUUUUUUUCUAUUAAAAUGGUCAAGUUGAAGACUGGACACCUUGGUAUGAACAAUAGAUGACAAUGAUGAAAAUAAUAAAUUAGCAUUGAUUUCAAAAGUAGCAGUCUGAUGUAUCUGUGUCAAACCUAUUUUUGAUUUCCAUGUACUUGUGCGUUUAUGAGUUUAUCCUCAAUUGACGUUAACCUGUUAAAUUCCCAACAAGCAAACUUGUUGAAGAGUCAAAGGGCAGGCGUACAAGUCUUUAAGGGUUUACACACCCUCUCGUAUUUUCAAAAUAGCAAGCACCUUCUUGACAGCUGACAUCAAGCAGCCGAUAGGCAGGCAGGCACCGAGAGUCGGUUGUAGACCAGUUUACGGCAUGUCGUAAAUAUGAAAUGGCCCUUUGACAGCUGAUGUUGUUACAGUGCUCUAAACAUUUCACUUGGGGGAUUAUAGGUGAGUCACGUGGGGAUGUUAAUCUAGUAAUUAAUUUAUCAAACAAAAUGGCCUAAACAAAAUACAUCUUGAUGCUUCCUAGAUUCUACUACUGCAGCAGACCUCAAGGACGUCAGUACCGUCGUUCGUUUCUAACACUUGAAUGAUUCUUAAUGCUGAUUGGUCAAUCAACUGAAGUCAUAUGAAGUCACAGUGCUUCAUUGUUGAAACCCAGUCGCCUAAGGCCCGUAAUUCACUGUGCAGAGUUGUGUCUCUUGGGCACGCCAGAAACCUAUGUUUGUGGGUUUGAAUCCUGGUUCGCCCUGAUUAUGUUUCUUGGUUUGUCUGCACCAUACCCAUGCUUGUAGGUUUCACUUUGGGCUUUCCUCCCACAUUAAACUGACAUGCUGUGAUAUAACUGGAAUACUUUUUAAAGCGUCGUGAAACCCAACUCACUCACCCAUUGUUGAUAAAAAUUUGACAUGACAUCAUUCAUGACUUUGCAUGACAUCAUCUGAACAUUAACCGGCCUUCAGUGACAUUUCUCUGUAGGGGUGACAUUUUAUAUGAUUUUUCCUCAUCUUCUUUCUUCAAAUGUGAAUGUGUAAUAUGUAGACUAACCUCUUCGAAACCCGGAAUUACGGAUUAACUGUCCCUUGCAGAUGAAAACUUACAGUCCCUCGCCAAAGACUCGGGAUGACAACCAUUCAGACACUGGGGACAGAUAAUCCAUAGUUCCUUAUAGCUCGUUGGUUCCAGCAGUUCUGAGUUUCAAGUACGUUAUACUCAGUAAUUACUCAUUUAUAUUCUAAGAGAGUAAAGGAAGAAAAACAUUUGGAAUGUCAGCCCUACAGAGAAACGUCACUGAAGGCAGCCUAAUGUUCCGAUGACAAAAUGUAAUCAGUUUGUGACGUUGUGAACAAUGGAUGUCAGAUGUUUCUUCAUAUAGAAGCCGUUGCACAGUGGAUGCGACGUUCACUUGUGUACCUUUCGUCUUUCCAACUCCACUUGAAAUUAUACAAUUAAUGGGGAACUAAACAUGAUUCUCUUCUUAUGACAUAUGAACUAAACGUGAUUCUGUUCUGAAAUGAAAACUAUGGAAGGUCAAUGACCAUGAAUGUAGGAAUUAAUAAUUAACUAUUGGAGCAAGUACACACUUUACUUUUCUAAGGACCACGAAUAUUUGUCCAUCUAGUUUCUAUAAAGACCACGAAUAUUGGUCUACGACCACAAAGGUAAAGUGUGUCUUGCUCCAACGAACAAAAACCCUACACUGACGAUUGCAAUGCAUCAUGUGUCAGAAUCCAUUUUCGGCACGUGAAGCGAAUGCCACGAUCUGUUUUCCGCAAAGCAUGGGAGGUUUAUGCUAAAUGUUCAUGUUACAUGAACCAAAACAAUGUUUGUUUUGUUUUUAUUAUCUCUCCUCCAUAGUAUUAUGGCAUAGUUGACCAAUCAGCAUUGAGAAUCGCUAAAAUGCACAUGUGCAAAUAUCUGAAGGUUUUCACACACGAUCAUUCUACCUGUAUGUCAAAUAUUAAAGGAUUUCAUUGACUGUAUGUUAGUCUAGUCUCAUCAGGUUUUAGGAGACUAAUUUUUCAUGGUUAUUAAUAUUUUGUUUUUCACGGACAGCCCCAACCAUUGGUUCUUAAGGUCAUAAAACAAAUCAGAUAAUACCAACAUGUGGCCACAGUGUGAUACAUAUCAAGAUUAUCAUUAUUAUUGUUUAAACCAGAAGCCUGACAAUACAUUUCAUAUCCAUGAUCAUUUUCACUUCUGAGCAUGGAAGGAUGGAUGACUUGUUGAACAGAUGUAUUCUGUUAAUGUCUUAGAAACAAGGUUUGUGUGUACAGAUCUGAAUCAGCACAUCUGAGUCUCCACGAUAUACAGGAUAUAUGUGAUUGGCAUGUUUUCAAGGAGGGUGAUGUUUCUGAACGCCCACAAUGUCCAGUGAAUGAUGUAUGUUUUGGUAAAACUCAAGGACAAACUAUUGUUUCCCUGCCAUUCGGGAUAAGGAUAUAUAUUUUUUAAAUGCCCCCCUCCGUCAGGUGGUUGGUUCUGUUUGUUCCUUCACCAUGUUUAUUGGCCCCCCUUUUGUUGAUGUUUUGAAUUGAGGUGAUGUUUUUUAAAAUUAAUUACUGAUUUGUCCAAGCUGAUCGGUGUGAAAGUAGUAAACAAACAUGUCUGAGAAGCACUAUUUACUUUAGCACACCGGAACUCUGGACACUGUUGUUAUCUGCCUCCUGCAGGUCAUUUGUAAUCAAUAAAAUAUACUUCACCAGGUC